AUGCCACACUCCGAAGCAAAUGGCACGCACAUACCUAUUAUCGACAUCUCAAAACCCUCACCAGAAGUUGCUCAGCAAGUGCUCGACGCCGCAUCAACGCAUGGCUUCCUCUUCGUCCAGCAAGACGACUCACUACUUCCUAAUGAAGAUGUCAACAACAUGUUCAAACUUUCCUCCCAAUUCUUCCAUCAAACCACCACCCAAAAGUCCACCCACGCCAUUCACUCCGAAGCCGCCGGCGGCAUAAAUCGCGGCUGGGUCACCAUGGCCGGCGAAGCUCUGGACCCCUCCCACCCAGGCGACCCAAAAGAAGCAUUCAACAUCUCGCCUCCGCAUCCAGACCUCCAGCCACUGCCCUCCCCACUCUCACAAUCCUCUUCCGAGAUCCGCAAGUUCUUAGAUUCCUGCCACGCAAUCUGUACGAGAAUUCUCACGCUUCUAGGUACCGCUUUGGAGAUCAAAGAAGAGGAAGGAGGCGAGAAGUGGUUCGCAGCCCGGCACGACGAGUCGCAAGGUCCAUCAGGCACUAUCUUCCGCAUGUUGUACUAUCCGAAGACAAAAGCAGCCAGCGCGUCUGAGUCCAUCCGUGCAGGCGCGCACUCCGACUACGGAAGUAUAACGCUGCUCUUCCGACUCCCUGGUCAGCCCGGGCUCGAGAUCCUCAAACCAGACCAGACCUGGGCGCCUGUGCCCGUGAAUCCUGCUUCUGCGUCUAACCCGCCCAUUCUCGUGAAUAUUGGGGAUUUGUUGAGCUUUUGGACGAACGGCAUGUUGAAGAGUACGGUGCAUCGCGUGACGUUCAGCGGCGGCGAGGAGCGGUACAGCAUGGCGUAUUUCUGCCAUCCGUUGGAUGGUGCGAGGCUGGAGGCUGUGCCGAGCAAGAUCAUUGAAGCGUUUGGGAGUAAAGGAGCAGAAGAGUUGAAGAGCCAGAGGGAGAGGCUGGGGCUGGGUGGGAGUGGGGGACGCGAGGUCUUGACGGCGAAGGAGCAUUUGGAUCGGAGGUUGAAGGUUACGUAUGGGCUCAAAGACUGA